AUUAUCAUAACCUUUCAAAUCUUUCAAACGUAGGGAAAUAACAGAAUAAAAAUGAUCGAAAUAAUUAUUUCUAUGUAAACGAUAUUUUAUAACAAUUAUAGGUAGUUAUAUGUAUAGAGCAACAAUGAGCGAAUUUAAAGUACAUCAUUUAAUAAGGGAGUUGAUUGAAUCACUUGGUUCGGAAACUGCUCCAGAGGAACAUGCAGAGAAGCUGCAGAAAGAAAGCUCAACCGCAAAUGCACUUAAUACUGUUGCUCCUCAAAGUUGUAUUCAACAUCUUUCCAAACAUUCAUUGCAACCAGAAUUAUUCAUACAAAAGUAUGAGGAACUAAAAUCUAAAAAAGUAGAUUUGCUAGGUCCAUUCAUGCAGACUCUGGAACUAAUAUCUCAGGAUAAUGAAUUAAAGAAGUUCUUGUCAAAAUCUGCACCAGCAUUAACUGCUGGUCCUGCAAAAAACCAAGUCAUUACGCAAAAAGAUUUGCCAAAGAUCUGCAAAAAUGUAAUGAAGGCUGCUGUUGAAGGAGGAAAAAAAUUAAACCAGCAAGUAAUUGGUAAAAAAAAUGAUGGUGCCUUAACAAUACACAAUUGGGUAGCAGAACGUCCACGUAUAACUUGGGAUUUUUAUAGCGACACGACUGUAGCGCUCUAUCAAAAAGUUGUUCCUGUUAUAUCUCAAGAAUCUAUACUUCUAUGGGAUAUCUUGUAUUGCUUGAAAGGCAUAGAUGGUUCUUACAUUGUUUCAGAACCUUUAACGACUCCUUACUGUGUUAAGACGUUUGCUAUAUCGCCAGACAUUGGUAUAUCAUUUAAGCAACUCGCACAACAAAUAUUACCUUUAGCUUCAUGUUAUUCCAUGACAGUGAGAUUUGUGGAGGAGAAAGUCUCCCCAGAUGAUGGGCAAGUUAAUCAUGCUCUGAGAGGGGCUAUACUAUCUUUACUGAAGGAUUACUUGUUUUUUGUCGUACAACUCGAAAUGGAACAUGUUCGUGGUAAAUUGAAUUUGCAAAAGUUAUGGUUCUGCAUUCAAUCUACCAUGAUUAUAAUGUCUAUGCUUGCUCAGAUUACAUCUACGAUAUGCAAGGCAAAUGCUAGAGGCGGGAAGGUACUGAGUCUCCUUCAUGAGCAAACGAUGAAUAAUAUCAGUGGUGAAGCCAAGUCCAAAGAAUUGUGUCUGUAUUUGAUGCAAGCAGCGAGCAUGCCAUAUAUGCAAAUUUUAGAAAAAUGGGUUUACAAAGGGAUGAUAUGCGAUCCGUACCAAGAAUUUUUUGUAGAAGAUAACGAAUUGGUUCAAAGAGAAGAACUUCCAGUGGAUUAUUCUGCGGAUUACUGGGAGAAACGAUACACCAUGCGGCCGGAAAGGAUACCUGUAUUUUUAAACGAACACGCACAAACAAUACUUAGGACAGGAAAAUAUUUCAACGUCAUUAGGCAGUGUGGUAAAACAGUGCAAUGGGGAAAGCAAGAGCCCUUAAGUUACCAACAUCAAGGACAAAAAUAUAUAGCCGCCAUUGAUAGAGCAUAUUCGGAAGCUGCCAAGAAAUUAUUGGAAGUACUCAUACAUGAAAACGAUCUGAUGGGUAGACUACGUAGUGUAAAAAGUUACUUUCUUCUCGCUCAAGGCGAUUUUGUGGUUCAAUUUAUGAAUCUCUGCGAGACCGAGCUGAGUAAAAGCAUGUAUGAUGUCGUGCCGCAUCGUUUGGCAUCUCUCCUUGAGGUUGCCCUGCGAAUGUCCACUGCCGAUUCAGAUCCUUACAAGGAUGAUCUUAAGCCUGAACUACUUCCAUAUGAUUUGCAAUACCAAAUGUUCAGAAUACUUUCGAUCCAAACCAGAGAUGAGAAAGAAUACUGCCUUCAAGCGGGUAAAACUCUAACUGGAUUGGAAGCCUUCGUCUUCAAUUACGAUGUUAAGUGGCCAGUCUCGCUGAUAAUUAAUAGAAAAGCAAUAGCUUGUUAUCAAAUGUUAUUUAGGCACUUGUUCUUUUGCAAACACGUUGAAAGGCUUUUGGGCAGAGUAUGGGUUAGCAAUAAAAUUGCAAAGACUUUUACGCACGAGGUGGCGAUGGCUUACAGACAGGCAUUCUCAUUACGGCAAAGAAUGUUGGACUGUAUACAACAUUUGGAGUAUUACAUGAUGGUGGAAGUGGUGGAACCAAAUUGGUUAAAAUUUAUAAAUAAAAUGAGCAAAGUUAGUAACGUUGAUGACGUGCUGAGCGUGCACCAAGAUUUGCAGGAUAGUUAUUUGAAAGAAUGUAUGUUAACGGAUCCUGAUCUUCUCGGCUGCAUCACCAAUAUAUGUGCCAUCUGCGUGGAAUUCUGCAGUUUCAUGCAGCGUAUGAGCCGUUACUACAUUGAUGCUGAAUUGACAUCCAUGAUUGGUGCCUGUCAGGAAGAUGUCUAUGAAUAUGAGACUGAGAAUGGUGCCGCAACGAAAGACGGAACAGGAAGCUUUGAGGAAACAAUUAUAUCAUUAGAUGAAAAAUUUACUCAAAUAUUGCUACGUCUUCUAGAUCGAAUUUGUGAUUUGGGUUGUCAUAACAACAAUGAAAAGCUACUUAAUGUCUUAUGUCGGCUCGACUUCAACUUAUUUUACACCGACAUACUAGUACGGCGAGGAAGAGAGAAAACUGUCGCACAGCAGGAUGUAUCCGGUUAGUAAUUACGCAUCAUUCGUACACCUCGUCCAUUACUGUCGCCGAUUUAUUCUCAAAUAUAUAAAUUUGCGACAAUAAUCUACUGGUAAACCUCGAGAAGAAUUUUAUUUAUUUUCUAUACACACACGACAGAAAUCAUAUUAAUAUUUGCAAUGACUACAACAACGUAUCU